CAAGCAUUUAUCCAACCUGCCACACACACAUACAGAGACACACACAGACACACACACAUACCACGCUGUCUGCUCGUAGAUGAUCACAUUUUCAUCAGCCUGACCCCGCCUCUGGUGAAUGCAGGGGCGCUCCAUGUGACGCUGGGGCUGUAACAAAAAUCCAGUAUGGCGGAAUCUGUCAGGAGAUGAUUUUUUUCUUCCCCUCCUCCUGCGUUGAGGAAAAGAGGAGAAAAAAGCCUCGGAGUGCUAACAUGGGAGAGAUUUUUUUCUUUUUUUUUUUUUUAAGAAAGGCCAGCCGCUUUGGGACACAUGCUGGGACGACUGGCCUCCUCCCGGCCCGUGUAUAGGUUGGUGCUAAACAGAGAGUUGCCACUCUGAUUGGAGUUGCCGGAUCAAUAAGCUAAUGGAGAUUGGCUGCUGCCGGACGUCUGCUUCCUGUUUCCCGUUUGACCGUCCCGAGUGUUGGAUCAGCCUGAACACGCAUUCAAACCCACACUGUCCUCCUCCUCCCAGCUCUGGCAGGCUAACAGGCUCCUGAUUACCAUCCUGUAAACCACAUCCGUACUUCAACUCAAACACACACAGACAUCUGUCCUUCAGUGAACACACGCUCACGCGACGAGCUGGGUGCACACUCGCCGUACUGCGUGGACGUCUGCCUGACCGACCUGGCAGCAAUGACUUCACACAGCCACCAAGAGGGAAUCCUGGGAAAGGAGCAGCCGCUCGAGGUCCUGAAGACAUCGGCGCUCAACCACAUCCCAACAGGUUGGACACUCUGGAUGUUUGUUUGGGUGCACGUGUAUGUGUGUGUGAGCUUCUAUAAACCAGAGUGUGUGUGUGUGAACAGACGUGAUUUCACUAUUAACCACAUCCUGUGUGACUUUGCAUGCGUGUUUGUUUCUCCUGGGAUGUCAUAAAUUGUCGUGCCGUUUGUGAAGUGCCAUCACGUCAGAGAUGUCUCUGCACUUUGUCCGACUGAAGGUUGACGGCGUUUUUAUUUACGCUGGUGUGUCAGCGUGCCGUUUGUUUUUCCUUUUUCUUGUUUUUUUUUUGCUGAAUGACAAUCCAGCAGUGUGUUUGCGAGCUCACGUGAAACUACACCAAAACAAACUAUUCCACACAGUUUCAUCUCCCCCAAACAAAUCACACCACUUCCUGUGAACCCCGCCACCCCGAGUAUGCUCAAAUCGCCAAGUUUUUAUUAGCAGCAUACAAGCGUGGAGAGUUCAUAGCAGCGAGAGGACAGAGGAGAGAUGGAGCAGCGCAGAGGGAGGCCAGAGUACAGAAGUGAAAGGGGCACAGAUGGAGAGAUGAGGUAAUCUGAAGGAGAAAUGAGUCUGAGGUAAUAUAUGCAUAAUGCAUUAUCUAAUUCAGUAAUGAGGGCGCUUCUAAUGCUUCUAGCGCAGAACAAUUUGGAUUGUCGUGGUUGAAAAAUAGUUACAAAAGAAAACAAAAAUGGCAAAAGGCUGAUUCAUAAAUUUCCUCCCCUGCUGCUCUUUCCACGGCUCUCCCAGAGCAGCGAUGAAGAAGUGCUGUAAGCUCGAACAGCCUGUUGCUUCAGGGGAGCAAACAGCAAAGUUUCAUCUUUGGUUCGACCCUAAGCGUCUUGGUCUUUCACGGGCUUCACGCGCUCUCUCUGCUGGGGUUGUUUUCUGCGCGCCUUCCGGCUGCACUGAUAAAAUAUUGAAAUCUGCCGGAGUGACUUCAUCAGAUAUUCUCCAAAUCUGUUGUCUUGGAUACAGAGCGGCUCGGGGCCCUCCGCUUUGGUGUGACCCCGGACCGUUCGGUUCUUUCUCCUGAGAAGCGAGAGCUGCGGGAAAUCUUAGCAUCUACAUCGCUGCAUCAUUAAAGCUGCUUUUGUCAUGUGAUCCUAAUGUAACCAGAUGCUGGUGGUUGCAUCUUAGCACACAGUGCAAAGCUCUGGUCGGUGCACCUGCACGCAGCUGCGCAGGUCCAUUUUUUUCACCAGCGUUGUGUUUGUUUGUUUUUUAUCGGAAUAAAUUACGUUUCCUGCAAAUCUGCAGAAGCUCAAAGCAGAGAUGUCGUAAUUUAGCCGCAGACUCUGGUGCCAGCUUCUUGUUUGUUAGGAUGCUGACAUAUCUUAUGUAAUGCUAAACCGACUGCUUGGAGGUUUUGAAGUGCUAGUUAGACAUAUCAGGCACGUUUGAAAAGUGGAAUUGAGAAAAAAAGUGGCACUGCUUUCAGACAUUCUCUAGUCCAAGGAAUAAAUUGAAGAAUAAAAUAGUCGGCAGAUCAUUCGAUCAAAAAAUGACAUCGCUGCACGGCGUUAGCUUGGGCAGGCCUCAAAGUCGAGCUCAUCCACAGUCACGUCAGACCAGCUGGUGGUGUGCUGUGCUCUGUUUGGUCAAUUUCAUGUGAGGUUGACUUUUUAAGUAUCUUCACGCUGCCCGUAGCUGCUGGGAUCUACAAGCUGCUUUGCAACCCACCUCGCCCCUUGUGUUGGACCCCAGCUCCUCCUUUCACGACCUUUUUUUUUUUUUUGCUACUGAUUUGUGUUUAAUGGUUCUGCUGCUCUCAACCUCUGGGUUUCCAUGUCUGCAGAUUGAAGAGGAGUUGCUAAAAAUAAUAUUCAAAUUUUUUUUAUAAAUAAAGAAAGAAAGUAAUGCAAAUGGCCGACUUCCUGUUUGACUGCUUUGCUGUCACUUUAAAUUGAAUGUAGCAUUAGAAGUAUGAGAACAAAUGUUCUCUUGAUCUGAAAUACGAACAAAUCAGCUGAUGAUAUAAAGAGUCAUCAGCUGAUGCCCUAAACAAGGACAACUGACAAAUUUGACAACCCCUCCCCCUCCUCCCCCUCCUCCCCCUGCAGAAGUAGAUGUAGUUCAAAGAGCGCUCACCUCUCUCUGAUAGUGCACACCUACUCUACUGAACGCAUCUUUGCGUUGAAGCCCUCACCAUCCUCUAUUUGUGCGUCAUCCCAGAUAGCGAGGUCUGACACGCUUAAUUUAAAGCCUGGUCGCAAAGGACUUCUGCACGUACCGCACCUCGGCUUCACACGUCGCCCCGCUCUAGAUCUCACAUGUUGUGUCUCUGCCGUCUCCUUCCUGUUAGCCCGCGGUGCCGCAGACCGCUCUGUGAUGUCAUUGAGACGGCGACAAGUCGGGGCUUGCAUUCAGAAGAGCAGGACUUGCUGCACCUCGACACGUUCCCCAACGCCACGCCUUACCUGUUCCCUUUCCCUACUUUGCCCGAGGUCUGUUUGUGUUUUUUCACUUUGUUCUUUUUUUGGAGGUCGCCGGGCCGUUUCAGAGCCAGUCUUGCUCUGAUAGCUCUCACUGAGAGAAAAACGAAAAGAGACGUUCACGCAGCCCGCUCUCAGAGGCCGAUAAAGCGACCGCAGCUAUUUUCCAUCAUCAACAGAUGUGCUACUUGUUGCCUCUCGUCGCACCCUGCUGCUAAACUCACUGUGAAACCUGUUCUUUGUCUCUUUGCACGGCGCCAGAAAAUAAAAAAGAGAGCGACCUCAGUCACAUUUUGCUUCUCUAAACAGCUCCGCUCGGCUCUCAGUAUGACAUCUAUUAAGCCUAAUGAGUGUGGAGCUCAGCGAGUCAGACCGUGGGAUAUACGCUGUGCUAUCCGAGUCUCAAAUCAGAGACGCCAGCCCUCUGCAUUGUCUGGUAUAAAUAGAUCCGCAAUUGGAGCCAGAAGAGUUGUGGAGUGCGCCCGAGGGGUUGUAAACAGAUUGUGAUUUGUUGCGGAGAGAUGGAGGGAAGAAAGGUGGAGAGGAGGGAGGGAGGGAGCUGCUGAGCGGGUAAGGACGCAAAAUAGGGCUGCAGGAUAGGGGACACAGGGAUGGAGGGUAGAGGAACAGCUGACAGGGAAGGUGGCAAAGGGGGACAAAGUUGUUAGAUGAUAGAGGGAAAAAUGUUUAGGUUACGUGCUGUCAGAGAGGUUGUCGUUGAUGCUCAGAAAUCUUCUGUGUAAACUUCAAGGAAGAAAAAGGGAACAGAGAUUUGAGGCUUCAGCCGUCGUUGUCUUUCCUCUCUGAAGCUGAUCCAAGAGGAAACAAACUGGAACUGAGCUGGAGUCCUCGCUCCUGUCAAGUCUGAUUCAGGUACAGCUGCGCAAGAAGCCUGGAAGUCCCUGCGGUCGCGCAGAGACGGCACGUUUGUUAGUGUUUUGGUUUUGGUGGAAGUGCCCUCAUAUUAUCUUCUAUCUGGCCAACAUCAGUAAACUGAGGUACGUGUUUGACGUCAGUGCUUGUACACGGCGACGUGCCGAUACGAGAGUUUAUCUUUUUCUUUUUUUAAGAAGCAGGUCGGUCUCAAAGGAUUUUCACUGACUGAAUGUUUUUGCUUUGUUUUUGUUUUUUUGAAGUAUGCCCCUCCUGCGCUCGCGCUUAGUUAAGAUCACGUCACGUGUGUUUGACGUGUAAAGGCGAGGCUGCCUUGAUGUUCAUUCAAGCGAAAUAAGAUUGUGAAUAAACAUCUUCUGUAUGCAGUUUAUUGACCUUGACCAAUGUAAGUCAUUCACAUAAUAAAGCAUCCACAGUAAAGACAGCGUGAGCGAGCAGACUCAGCAGAAGAGAAAUCUUUGUUUAUGCCCAGUGCUGAUGUGAAGAUUCUCCAUAUGCACAGUUUGUGUCAUACAUUCAUGUUUUUCCAUGAAAAGGAGCUUAAAAAAGAACUUAAUGUGUUUCCACUUCACACUUUACCUGAAAAACCUUUAAACAGUAACCUCGAGAGCUGUAUUGAUUUAUUGAAUUGAUUUGGAUAUUCACACAAACACAAGCAUUUGUCAUUUUUACCUCCAAAAAGUGGUCGCUUGCUCACUUGGCCUGUGUGAGACCUGCAGUACGGAUCAUCUGGCACGUUGCUGGGAAAGUUUGUAUUUCCUGAUCAGUUACAAAAAGUUGCUGAUUAAUGCUGUAAAAUGACUACUAGAGCCCCAGUGCCGCAGGCUUAGAAACUAGUAGUAACCACCGAUUUCGAUGGAAAACUGUAUGUUCAGUGACUGGUUGGCAACUGGUUGCUGGAGGUUGCUGGCAGGCACUAGAGUGAGGUCAGUCACUGUGCUUUGCAUACAAGGCACACACUUGUCUACCGGUGACGAGGGUAAUCUGUUAGCGCCCAAAACAAAAAAGAACAGUUUCACUGUAGCAGCCUGUCAUAGAUUACUCCGUUUUCCCUCAUGAGGUCUUCGGCUGGUGUCAGCAUUUGAUUUCACAGCAACUUCCAGAAAUCUCCAGCAACCAACUCUGGGCCUGUGUGAUUGGGGCCCAACGUGUCAGUAGUUUCCCUCCCAGUUAGCCUGUUUACAUUUACGCACUGAGCUGCUGCACUUAACUUUUACCAAGUUUGUGCGUCCCGUAGACGCUUUUGUUAUAACGCAAUGAAACCUCUGCAGCCAGAGCAGCAGGAUGACGUGUGUGAAAAUAUUAUUGUAUCAUUUAAACGUUUAACCGACCUCUAAAUAUACUUUAAAUACUUUUUACAAGCAUAUAUUUUAUAGUUUACGGUCAUUAAAUGUCAUAAGAUGGACUUUUUCUUGUUGACUUUGUCAACCCGUUUGGUCACAAAAUGCCUAAUAAAAAGUAGCUGUUACUGUUCAGAGCUCAGCUAAACGUUCAGGCUGUAAAUGUAAAACUCGCCUGUAGGACAGGAAGCUGUAAAUACCAAAUUCACAUCUCUUCUAUUGACAGUUAUUUUUAGUUUAGUCGAACAGUUUGCAUGAAGGACAAACACUGUGCUCGCUGAGAGCCAGGUAGUCAUCAGAGCGAUGUUGCAGCAGAGAGCUCACGUGCACCUCCAGCUGUUCUUCUGAACAGAAUUUCAAAAUAAAAUGAAGAUGCUGGGAUUUUUUUUAAAAAAAAGCCACUUUAGAUUCAUCUGAGUUGGUCGAGAUAUAAUUGAUUGAAGUGUUUAACAUUAAUCCCAAAUUUAACUACGAUCCUGCAGCAUUAAUACGUCUGGGAUCCUCACUCUGUUCACCUGAAACCAUUUUGCGGUUUUAUUUGUUUGGGAAAUGUAGGCAAAUUCCAGGCUGGGAAUACGAGCUCACAGCAUUAAAACCGCAAGGGGGGGGGGAUAGUUAUUACAAGUAAAAGGGGGCGGAUGAGGAAAAAAAGGCAUGCGAGCCGGUUCAGAUGGGACGGCCCGCCGAGUGAGCGCGAGAGGGGGGAAGAGACAUCAGUGUCUACAAGCGAGCAUGGAGGGUUUUCCUUGGCCUUAGAAGUAAAGAGAGCAGAGAGGGUAUGGGAGGAGAGAGAGAGUGUGUGACGCUGGUUCCUGGAAAAGCAGAGGGCUGCAGAAUAAACAGGCUGCAUGCCUGAGACUGCCCUGUGAUGUCACCACUGGGCAAACGAGGGACGAGGGGAGGAGAGAGAAAGGAGCAGAGAGAGAGAGAGAGACGCCCAUCAGGUUAAAACAGGAGGCGGGGGGGCGAAAGCCGAGCCAAAAGUGACAGAGGCUGAGCUGGAAAAGACAAGUCAGAUGUGCAGGACGUACCGUCCUUCCUUGUAACGGCCCUAAAGGAAGAAGAAGGAAGAGGGGAGGAGGAAAAACAAGGAGGAGAGGACGAAGAGGAGGAGGAGGAGAGCACUGAUGGGUGCGUUUAACGGCCGCUCUGAUUCACACCUUUCUCUCGUCUUUUCUGCAUCAUCUUCUCCUUUUGUGCGGCUCGCAAUUAGCGCCAGUGCCUGAGAUGCGAGGUGUGUUUGUGCGUGACCAUCAGCGAGAGUGUGUGUGAGGCUUGUGUGUGUUUUCUUGUGGCAGAAGAACACAAUGUUCGGGGAGAGAGUGUGUUUAUGAGUUAUGGAUUUGCAUUAGGAGCCGCGGCACUUUGAUAAGUGUAGUUUUCAGCCGUAAACACAUCUGCGGUGUGCUUUCCCCACUCCUCUCUUAGCACUUGCUUUAGCUAAUAUUAGAUGAGCUAAAAAAUGAAUGAAAAACGAAGAAAUAGGCCUUAUUCCAACCAGGACGUCAGAUUGCAGGCCUGAAAGCGCAGCACGGAGUGCUUUUUAACCUUCAGCUAGCAGAGGACUGUGAAGGAGCUCGUUCAGACGCAGGAAAAAUGAUGACUGAAGAGCAAGAAAAGCAACUUUUCAAAGCAGAAGAGGCCAACGCUCUCAGUCUGUGGCAGCCUGCUGAAAGAAUUAUGCUGAUAAGCUUUUGAUAACUUUAGUUCUGUACAGGUUAAACUCGCGCCUCAGUUCUUCAAAGCGUGUGAUAAGAUCGUGAAUCUUUUCAGGACCUUUGGAGGUCCAGAGUUUAAAUACAGCAUGUGCAUUUAACUGCUUGGUCCUAUACUGUUGGACUGUUGUGUGGAGCAGUUUCUCUUUUAAAUAGUUGUGAUUUUUACAGCUCCUGCAAUGUGUCACAAAGAAGUUUGAUGUUAUUCAUUACAUGAACAGGUAGAGACAUUCAUCUAUCCGUCAGCUGCUUUAAGGCCUUUAGACACGUAACAUUUGAUCAUUUUGCGUGUAAAACAGUUUUUUGGACUCACUAAAGCAGAGGCUCACAACCACGAAUUUGAUACGUUUAGUUUUUCAGAUUUUUCUGAUCCAAAUGAGCAGAUUCGACCAAUAAGACCACUGCAUUUGGCAACAAGUGUGUUUGUAGCUCAAAAGUGCUGAAAAUAAAAUCAUAUGGAAAAAGUCAAAUAAUAGUAUUUUACCUCAGGCACACAGCUAGACACUCGUCAGAUGUGCUCACUACCUGACGCCCUUUAUGAUACAGCUUCAACCGCUGGGUCAGGUUCUCUCUGCUUCUGCUUUUGGACGAACGCAGAAUCGCUGGUUCCUCGUUUUUAUGUUAAGAAACAUCAGGAGGGAACACGCCUGUAUUUAGUGUAGUUUCUCAUGGAAAUCUUCCAUCAAGCCUUCACAAUUACGGCUGACAGCGGUAUGGGAGUUUCACUACAACCUCAGCAGCCGGUUCCUUCUUUAAAAAGCAAAACCCAAAGUUUUCCAUGCGUUUCAUUUAUCUUUAGAUCGGACUGCUUCUCCGUCUUUGCUCUGCACAGUGAUUCACGGCUGUGGGAGUUCGUCUGUCUUCAUCGAGCUCACCUCGCUCCUUCCCUCCUCGCCUGCUGGUCGGUUUCCAGAUUGUAACCAUCGUCGCUUCUAACAUGAGCAAAGGGCCAGAGAGGAGCCAAAACUCAGGGCGUUGCUCCAUUUUUAAUUAAAUAUUGGGUACCUUGUUAAGCAGAUUCACAAAUGGAAAAGGAAAUGAAAGAACAAAAAAUCCAACCAUGUAGGUUCUUUUCUUGGAAGGAAAGCAAUAGCCGGCUGAAAGAAGGGAUCUCAUGACUGGGAAAUGUCAAACCUCAUGUCCUGCAGGGUUGAAACAAAUCAACCAGCGCGGACUACUGACUCAUACGUUGUGUUGUUGUUUUUUAAAAUCCCCCACAUGACGACAAGUCCUUAAGGAGCCGCUGGGUGUUGCUGCCCUGUUCUCCUAUGGAUGGCGGCAACCAUGUGGAUGUGUUUCACCCCGGCACACGGAAAACACCGGCAAGAAGGCGGCAAGCCGAGUCGUUUGAGAUGUGCGGUUACACUGGAGGACGUUCAGAAGUUUUUUCUGUGGUCUGCCUGCAAUCCAUUGCAAGGAUCUUCCAUAAGAGGCUUUUUACACGUCUCUGUGAUGCAGCGAGAGUGCGUCUGUGCUGGAGCCUGGAACAAACUGGAAAUGUUUCAGAGUCGACAUCAACUCUGCGCUGCCCCUUCGUCUCCCGCCGGCCGCCAUCCCCAUGGAUCUGCGCGUGGACCAUCACCAGCAGCAGCAGCAGGUGUCCUCGCUCUCCCCGCCCGCCCAGCAGUCGCCCGGCCAGCCCGGCGGCGGCAGCGUGGUGGCGGCAUCGGUGCACGAGCAGCAGCUGCAGGCUGAGCUGCUGGCCCUGAAACAGAAGCAGCAGAUCCAGCGGCAGAUCCUCAUCGCAGAGUUCCAGAGGCAGCACGAGCAGCUGUCCCGCCAGCAUGAGGCCCAGCUGCAGGAGCACAUUCAGCAGCAACAGGAGCUCCUGGCUUUGAAGCACCAGCAGGAGCUGCUGGAACAUCAGAGGAAGAUGGAGAACCACCGUCGGGAGCAGGAGCUGGAGAAGCAGCAGAGAGAACAGAAGCUGCUGCUGCUGAAGAACAAGGAGAGGGGCCAAGAAAGCGCUGUGGCCAGCACCGAGGUGAAGAUGCGCCUCCAGGAGUUCGUCCUGAAUAAGAAGAAGGCACUGGCCCAGCGUAGCAUCAACCAAGGAGGCCUCCCCAACGACGCUCCCUACUGGUACCGCAAAACCCAGCACAGCUCUUUGGACCAGAGCUCGCCUCCACAGACUGGCGUGUCCACCUACAACCACCCUGUGCUGGGCGUCUACAACCCCCGGGAUGACUUCCCACUGCGAAAGACUGCAUCUGAGCCCAACCUGAAGCUGCGCUCCCGGCUGAAGCAGAAGGUAAGCGAGCGUAGGAGCAGUCCGCUGCUGCGUCGCCGAGACAGUCCCAUCACCAGCGCCAAGAAACGCUCGCUCGACAUGGCAGACUCGGCAUGUAGCAGCGCACCCGGCUCGGGCCCAAGCUCUCCAAAUAACAGCUCCAACAACAUCCCUAAUGAGAACGGCAUCACUGUGUCAGUCUCCAACAACACGGAGGCAUCUUUGGCCCAGAGGCUGUGCAGCGGUGCUGAUCGUGGCUCCGUUAGCCAGCUGUCCCUCUACACUUCCCCAUCUUUACCCAACAUCACCCUGGGGCUGCCAGCCACUGCCACGGCCACUGCUGCUUCUAAUGUGACCUCAGCCCAACAGGAUGGAGGCCUGCAGCCAGCCCUCUCCCUCAGCCCUCCAUUCCUCUCCGGUGGCCACUUGACCCCCUACUUGGCCGAGGCUGGAGCAGGAACAGGCGGGCACGGUGCACACAGUCCCCUGCUCCAACACAUGGUGCUCAUGGAGCAGAGUCCAGCGCAGAGCCCCCUGGUGACAGGUGUAAGCGGCCUGUCUAUGUCGUCAGCAGCGUCCAUGACCAAGCUGCAGCGGCAGCACCGGCCCCUGGGGAGGACCCAGUCGGCCCCGCUGCCCCAGGGGGCCGCGGCCCAGGCUCAUGCGCAGGCCCUGGCACUGCAGCAGCUGGUGGUCCAACAGCAGCACCAGCAGUUCCUGGAGAAGCACAAGCAGCAGUUCCAGCAGCAGCAGCUCCACCUAAACAAGAUGAUGGCCAAGCCCAGCGAGUCGCCCGUGGGCCGUCAGCACCAGAGCCACCCCGAGGAGACAGAGGAGGAGCUGAGGGAGCACCAGGACGGAGGAGGCCUGCCGCACGGGGUCACCAUCAAGCAGGAGCCCCCCGACCCCCAGGAGCUGCAGGAGGAGGUGCUGCAGCAGCAGCACAGGGAGAGGGAGAGGCAGGCUGAGCAGGAGCUCCUCUUCAGACAGCAGGCCCUGCUGUUGGAGCAGCAGCGGAUUCACCAACUGAGAAACUACCAGGCCUCCAUGGAAGCUGCCGGCCUCUCUAUCUCCUUCCCGGGACACCGCCCCCUGUCCAGGGCCCAGUCAUCUCCGGCCUCCGCUUCCUCCUUCCCGAUCAGCGUCCCCACGCCCGAUCCUCCAGUCAAGCCUCGCUUUACCACAGGCCUCGUGUAUGACUCCCUGAUGCAGAAGCAUCAGUGCAUGUGCGGCAACACCAACAGCCACCCGGAGCAUGCGGGACGCAUUCAGAGCAUCUGGUCCCGACUGCAAGAGACUGGACUCAGAGCUCAGUGUGAGUGCAUCCGUGGGAGGAAGGCCACUCUGGAAGAGCUGCAGACAGUUCACUCUGAAGCCCACGUCCUGCUGUAUGGAACCAACCCACUCCGACAGAAACUUGAUUGUUCAAUCACUCCUAUGUUUGUUCGGCUCCCGUGUGGAGGGGUGGGGGUGGACAGCGACACCAUUUGGAACGAGGUCCACUCCUCCAGCGCGGCUCGCCUCGCCGUCGGCUCGGUGGUAGAGCUUGUUUUUAAAGUUGCUACUGGAGAGCUAAAGAAUGGUUUCGCUGUGGUCCGCCCUCCUGGACACCAUGCGGAGGAAAGCACUCCCAUGGGUUUCUGCUACUUCAACUCUGUGGCCAUCGCAGCCAAACUGCUGCAGCAGAGACUGAAUGUCAACAAGAUCCUCAUUGUGGACUGGGAUGUUCAUCAUGGCAACGGCACCCAGCAAGCCUUCUACGAUGACCCCAACGUCCUUUACAUCUCUGUUCAUCGCUACGACGACGGCAACUUCUUCCCUGGAAGCGGAGCACCUGAUGAGGUGGGCAGUGGUCCUGGAGUCGGGUUCAACGUUAACGUUGCCUUCACCGGAGGUCUCGACCCGCCCAUGGGAGAUGCAGAAUACCUGGCUGCCUUCAGGUCAGUGGUGAUGCCGAUAGCCAACGAGUUUGCUCCAGACAUCGUGUUGGUCUCUUCUGGCUUCGACGCCGUCGAGGGCCACCCUCCCCCGCUGGGCGGCUACACUCUGACAUCCAAAUGUUUCGGUUAUCUGACAAGGCAGCUGAUGACCCUCGCCGGAGGCCGUGUGGUCCUGGCUCUAGAGGGAGGUCACGACCUCACCGCCAUCUGUGAUGCCUCCGAGGCCUGCGUGGCCGCCCUGCUCGGCCAGGAGCUGGACCCACUGCCCAAGGCUGUCCUCGAGCAGAGGCCAAACCCCAACGCUGUUCGCUCUCUGGAGAAAGUCUUGGAGACUCACAGUAAGUACUGGCGCUCGGUGCAGCGCUACUCGCCGCGGCUGGGGCUUUCUUUGCUGGAAGCCAAACGAGGAGACUCGGAGGAGGCUGAGGCCGUCAGCGCCAUGGCCUCUCUCUCUGUGGCCAACUCUAAUGCCAUGGAGCAAAGCAGGUCUGAGGAGGAGCCCAUGGAAGAGGAGGAGCCGCUGUAGUGGACGAAAACGUGAGGGUGUCACCGCGUUACCAUUGACCUCUCCGGAGAACGCCUCUUUGAGCAGCAAAGAGUCUCGACUGAUCCCUUCAUUUAGUCCCCAAUAACCCCACUCACCACGUCAGUCACCUUGAUUGGCGGCCCCUCGGCCAAAAAAACGAGGGAGAGGGGGUGGGCUCAGCCUCAAGAGUAGGGAGCCAAUCAGAAGACAGAGGAGGACUGAACUGGAAAAAACUUAUUUAAACAUACCGGCAAGCGCUCGCUCAGAGACGUUUUAUCUGUCAGUCUUCGCACCCCCAUGUUAGCCCUCGGCGGCUGAUCAAGUGAUCACGGCAGCGGGCGAGCGUAUUUGGAGCGGAGCGAUCGGGAGAGGGCAGGGGCGAGAUCAGAUCUCGUCACCGAAAGGUGCGAUGACACUUCUGUGCAGAAAAUACGGUGCUUUACGCGGCUGCCCUCUGACCACAUCCAGUACGGACACGGGGACAGCAGACGUCCCCAGCUGUCAAGAGGCAAGCGCGGGGAUUUGUUUUCUUUUUUUCUUGACUAUUUUCCCUCCCUAAAGAAAUGGGGGGGGAGGGGGGCAUCAUGGCAACCGAGAAGAUAAUUUUACUAAAUGUGUUCACUGUGGACUUUGGUUGGGCCGAAGUUUGAGUAGGCUUCUACAAAGAUUUUAACGGUGAGACUCCGUCACCUCGCCGGACCAGCCUGUUGUCGAAGGUUGACGAGUUAGAGGAGUGCCUUGGUGAGGGUCCGCUGGAUUUCACGAUUGUUCAGGAAAAGAUUGCCUUAAGAUUUUUCUCGCCGAGGAAUCGGCCCGAGGGUGCGGGAGGCGGAGGAGAGUUUCAAGUCCUUUCUUGUGGGGGGGGGGGAUGAUGAAAAAUAUAGCAAACAAUCGUUCAGCAUGUUUACUUGGAACGUGACGAAGACAGCAUUUAUGUCUCUCACGGCCUCUCUUGAAGAGUUACUUUACUUUUUUUUUUGGAUGGAUCUAUUUUUCUGUAAAAAAGGAAGAAAAGAAAGAAAGAAAUGAAAGCGCUUUGUAAAGGUAGUUGCCAGCUUGAGUAGAGGAAAAAAAUUAAAGGUGCAAACAUGGAGACCUUCAAAGAAGGAAUUAGAAAAGGUUUAGCCUUUAAUGUAGCUUCCCUUUAAUCGAAGUCGUCGCUUUGUAAAACGCAUGCAUUUGAGCAGAGAGGCCAGACAUGUUUUUUUCUUUGUUUCUUUUUACCUGCAAGAUAUUUUGAAUGUUAUCCAAAAGAGAAAGCCAAGCAAGAGAAAGCCAAAGCAUGAGUUUGGAUUUACAGCAGCACUUAGCUCCACUUAGAUGGCAAGCCGACAAACAUUUCACGUAUUGGCCCUUUAAGACAAGGCGCCCAAUACCCAGUUCAAUGUUUACUGAUUUACUCCUUCACAGAUCAGGUGUGUGCCGAGCCCAUGCUUUGCCGGUUGGCAACUACCUUGGUUACUAUUGUGAGCUAAACAUCAGCCAUGUAUAUUGAAUUGAAUAUAUUUUGAGAGGCAGUAAUCGAGUAUUGUCUUUGUUUGUAUUUUACAUGUAUGAUUUUCGCAUCAACUUGUCAAUUCUGCAACGUCAGAAGUGUGUUUGGUAAGCGUGUCCACUCCUUUUUUUUUUUUUUACUUUUUACUGUAUAAAAUUAUUUUUCUAACUUUUUCAUCCAUAGAUUUUGUUCUGUGUUUUUAUCCGUUUUCUGAAUAGUUAUAGGGCUGCCAUUCACGUCCUUAGUACUGUUGUUCUUUCUUUCUUGUAUUUAUCAGAACUAAGGAGCAACUCUUUCUUUCUUUCUUUCUACGGCUCCCGGAAGCCUUUCUGCAUUUUCAUCAAUGAUGUAUUUAUAACAUGUACUGUUUAUAGGAGAUUUGUAUAUGGAGAAAUUUAUAAAUGUACUCUAAACUAAUGACAGCUAUGAUAUUGUGAGCAAAAAAAAGAAAAGCAGUAUGGUGUAAGAUGUUACUCCAUGAACUUUGAAAAAGCAGCAUAUUUAACUCGUCAUCGACUGCACUGUUUUCCAGUGGUCGCUACGCGGCACCGCGGUUGACUUUUUAAACACCUACAGAGUCAAGACAUUUGAUCACUUUGUUGCCUAACAUUUCCUCUGGUGCAUGUGCGACAUGCGCUUACCUUUCAACUGUGAUAACACCCAAAAAACAAACAAAACGACGUUUAGAGGCCACCUUAUGUAGCUAGCUGAGUUUUCUGUGGCGGGAAAAGAAAAGAAGGGGACACCUAUGUCAACGAAAGGAUUUCUUUCUUUUUGUUUUUCAAGCAGCUCGGGAUGGAAAACAUCAGCCAAUCAUUUCAAAGUCCUUCUCUAAGCAUGUGUGGCACCAUCAUGUCCGUGACGUCGGUGUUUCCUUCUUCCUUUUCCUGCUUUGAACUGACCUGACACGAAGAGUAGAUCGAAUACAUUCGAAUGAGCCCCCAUCUGUCAACUGCUUUGUUAAACACCUGAUUAAAGACGACUGUCAUGUUUAUUUUUAAAGGGACUUUUCAUCCCCCAAAUCAAAUGAGCGUGUUUUUCCUCUGGCCUGUAGUGAUUUAUCCAGUCGGAUUGCUCCGGUGCGAGUUGCCCAUUGUUGAUGAUAUCAGCUGUAGACAUUCCUGUGGCUUUUGAAUAUAAUGGGACUAAAAAGAAGUUUCCUUGUGCUGCUCAAAAAGAGGAAAAAAGAUGACCCACUUAUACAAAAAUAUCCACAAAUCUUGCUGUGAGGAGCUACAUGUAGAAGCUAUUUUCUUUCCACCAAAAUACAUCCACCAUCUAACUGUGAUUAGGCUUAGAUGCCGUAAUGCGGAUGUAUUUUUGCCCUCGCUAUUUUUGUCAGUGGAGACUCGGGAGAUCUGAGUUUCUGUUCUGACCCAUUUCUGUAUAAAAUGGCAACUUUUUGAGGUUUUGGAUGUUACAGUUUAGGAAAUGAUUAAAACUAAUAAACAGGGGCUUACGUUCCACGGGUGUUAACACCUUACUGUUGCAAAUAUGACAGGAUUGACAGGAGUUCACAAUCAAAAAUCAACAACUUCUUUUUAGCUGAUUUCAUGUUCAGUGGCUGUCCUGACACUAAACGAACCCAAUAUGAGCUUUAAUACUAUCUGCAUACUUCUUUUGGCUAGCGGAUCUAGUCAGUAGAAAUAAAUUAUACAUAAAUUAUCCAUGAAGACGUUUGAUUUUUGGAGGACACGUUGCUGAGUUUUUAAAAUAUCUUUUAUGUCUUUGAGCAUCACGAGGUGAGUCCCAUUUUUUUUGAACCCCAAUUGAUUUAUCAAAAUUUCAACCAUAAUUAUUUGCCAUACUAUUGGUAAUGGCAUUUAUAACAGCCAAUAAAUGAGAAUUUUAAAAAAUAAAGAAGAGAAACACCCUUCACCAAGUUAUGAGUGUUGACAUUACAUAGUGUGUCCACCAGAGGCCACUAUGCAGCGCCACAAAGACAACCAGCUGGUUUGAGCAUAGUUGGGCAGAGCAUAAAUAAGUACACAAGGGUAAAUUUUUUUGUUUGUCCAAAAGAAAAACGUAUAUUGGCCAGUAUAUCACCAAAUGUUGGUACCAGUCUUAAAAAUCCUUUAUCAGUCAGGCUAUGGCCAGAAAAGGCUGAGUUUUCUAAUCCCAGCACAGUCGGGCAGAGCUUAGACAAGUAAAUAAAUAAGUACACUUAACAAAUUUUAGGGAAAUUUCUUUUGGGUUUUUUAAAAGAAAAAAAAAAAUAUCAGCCGAUAUCUCAAAAUAUAUACAUUUAAAAAAAUAAAAAUAAAAAAUAUUGGUAUCUGUCUUAAAAGUCCCAUAUCUGGCCAACUCUAGCCAGAGAAGGCCCAGCUGUCUACAACCAAAACUGGUCCACUUACAGCAGAAUAAUAGACGUGGAUGAGCAGUAGGACAGGCCAGAGGAAAGAAAUGUCUAAAUUUGAGUUGAUAUAAUUUUCUAAACUUGUAAGAUUUGCGAUUAAGUUGAUAUUUUUCAUGUCUAACCAAACAUUCCACUUGUUACUUGCUUAAGUUGUAGAUUUUUUACUACUCUUUUUUUUUUUUUGCUGUCUGCUCGCGCCAAACUUUAACUCUUUGCAUGGUUUGUGAGUCAGCAUGCCUGCUUGUCUGUGUAACAAAAAGUGUAUUUGCACAAUAGAAGAAGAACACUGGAGGACUUAUAUAUUUAAAAAAAACAUAAAACAAACAAAAAAAAAACCUCCCUUGUCAGCUCCCAAGAGCUCCAGGAGGGAUGUUUUUUUUUUCUUCCUCUCUGGUGGGCAAACAAUUCAAAGGACUUUGUCCAAAUGACUCCAUUGAGAAACAUUUAAUAUCAUUCUUAUUGGAUAAGUGAUUUCAAGCACUUACGACUUGUAUGAACUGUGUUUGAGAGAAACGUGCUCUGCCAAACCUCUGCUACAUUCAGACCUUAAAGACGCUCCCAAAGAAUGUUCCUCUUUCAAAGAUUUCUAAACGGGCACUGGAGAAAUCAGUUGAGAAAAAGGUUUGGGGGGGAAAAGGGCAUCGUCGUUUGAUUGUCACACCCACCUCGGCCAGUUCUAUACAUAUAUAUAACCACUGUGGCUCAAGAGCAAUUCUUGGUUUACAUGUAAAUGGAUUAAAAAAGUUAUUUUUUGUUUGUUGUUUGUCUCUAUUGAUGAAAAAUGUUAUCUUUCUUUGGGACCUACGCUUUGGACAUUUCAUCUCUGACAUCAUCUAUAAAAUAUAUUUCUGAAAAAUA